AUGGAUGCUGAAGAACCUGGUAUCAGAGACAAGGCCCUGGAGCUCCUAGGCUCUGACCCACAAGCUCUCCAGACUAACAUCCUCAACCUCACCUCUCCUGACCAUUCUCUGCACUCCAAUGCGCGAACCCUUCUCGCUUACCUUGGCAGACACUACACCAACAGUCUCUGUUUUCGUGUUUCUUGCCUCAUCCUUUCCACAAGCGACGCCUCCAUUCGGGAAACCAUCGUAAACUUUCUCAGACUACUCCUGACAGCCUCAGGCUCCCACUUCUGGAUGAUCCUCUCCAUCAUUCACCGAAACGAUAUCAAACGAGUAUUUCUUGAAUGUCUUGAAAAAGAAACUUCAACAAGAGUUGCCAAGAUUCUCUGUAAGUUGGCUUUGGAUGUUGCAGUCGAGUCUGAAUGGCCUGAGCUUGUGCCAUUCAUGCUUAGGUGUUUUGAGGCUUCAGAUAUUCGUGUUCAAGAAACUAGCCUUUUCUUGUUUGGUUUACUGUCGGAGACUCUCGGGGAAAAGCUGAGUUGUGAGCCUGACAAGCUGCAGUCACUGUUCUUGAAGUGUUUGGGUUGUGAGAAUUGGAGGGUCAGAGCUGCGGCAGUGGGAGCUUCGGUGAGAUUGAUUGUUUUCUUGAUGGGUACUUCAUCUAAUGACUUGUUGGAACAACUAAGUGCCCCCAUCAUGGACACAUUCGAUGAUGCUAUGGAAAAUGGGAAAGAGAGAUAUGCCAGAAAGGUGGUCAAGCAUUUGACAGUGUUAAUGAGGAAGAAACCGGGAUUCUUGAGGAGCCGAAUUGAUACUUGCAUUGCAUAUAUGUUAAUUAUGGCAGAGAAUAAGGUAUGGAGUGAGAAAAGCAGGCACCUUGCAGUUAAAUUCUUGAUCACUCUUGCUGAAGAAAGACACCAAGGUUUUGCUAUGCUGAAGAUGCUGCCGGACAAGAUAACUAGGAUCUUAUCUCUAUUGUUCAAGAUGGUAGCCGAUAUUAAGGAUGUUAAUUCUUGGUAUGAGGCAGAGAGCCACCAUAAGAAUUCUGGAGAAACAAACAAUUGCUGUUAUGGGAAGGAGAGCUUGCGGAGAUUUGCAAUUGCAAAGCAUGUAGAUAUCACCGACGAGAAGUUCAUAACUAUGUUGGCAGAAUAUAUAAAUGAUAGAGAAUGGCAAAAGCGCCAUGCUGUACCUGCUACCUUAUCUCAAAUGAUUGUGGGAUGCUCAGAGGAAAUGCUAGCAGAUCUGACGUCAGUUAUACAAAUUGCUUCAAUAUCUUCCCAAGAUUCCCACCCCCGUGUGCGUUGGGCAGCUAUUGAUUUACUUGAGCAACUCUCCAAGUAUUUGUGCCCUCAACUGCAAAAUCAGCAUCAUCAACUUGUCAUUCCUCUAUUAAAAAAAGCUUUGCUUGACUUCCAGAAUCCCAGAAUACAGGCACAUGCUGCUUCAGCAAUUUCGUGCUUCAGUCAGAGUUGCACCUCAAGCAUCUUAAAACAUCACCUCGAUGUUAUUGUGAGUAUGUUACUUAAGCUCCUCCAGAAGGGGAGCCAAUCAUUGAAAGAGGAAGCUUUAACUGCUUUAGCAUCAUUAGCUAGUUCAUCACAGGAGCACUUUCAAGAGUACUAUGUUGCUGUUAUGCCGUACAUAAAAGUUAUGUUCAUGCAAGGCAAGUCUAAUCACAGGCUUCUUGCCAAAGCCAUGGAGUGCAUUACAAUGAUUUGGAUGGCUGUUGGAAAGGAAAUUUGUCGUAAGGAUUGUCAAGAGGUUGUAGAACUGCUAAUCUCAUUGCAGGAAUCUCAAAUGGAGAAAGAUGAUCCAAUGAGAAUCUGCAUAUUAGAAGUAUGUUGUGUGUAA